AUGGAAUGUAUUCCAGCAACUGUUGAGGAGCUUGAGAGCAAAAAGGAUCCACUUAUCGAGGACCCUGAGCACAACGUGUACACCAGGUUCAUGAAGUCCCAUCGCUGUUACGACCUCGUACCCACCAGCUCCAAAUUAGUUGUUUUUGACACGUCCCUCCAGGUCAAGAAGGCAUUUUUUGCACUUGUUUCCAAUGGGGUGAGGGCAGCUCCCUUAUGGGACAGUAACAAGCAGUGCUUUGUUGGCAUGCUAACCAUCACAGACUUUAUAAACAUCCUUCAUCGCUACUAUAAAUCUCCCCUGGUCCAGAUAUAUGAGUUGGAAGAGCAUAAAAUCGAAACAUGGCGAGAGCUGUAUCUUCAAGACUCUUUCAAGCCUUUGGUUAGCAUAUCACCCAAUGCUAGCUUGUAUGACGCAGUAUCGUCGCUUCUCAAGAACAAGAUCCACCGACUGCCAGUGAUCGACCCCUUGACGGGAAACACUCUCUACAUUCUCACGCACAAGCGGAUCCUCAAGUUCUUGAAGCUCUUUAUAUCGGAGAUGCCUAAACCGACGUUCCUAGGCCAAACGUUGGAGGAGCUGAAAAUAGGGACAUUCCAAAACAUCGCAGUGGUGCGCAAAGACACGCCUCUGUACACAGCGCUGGGUAUUUUUGUUGAACAGCGAGUGUCUGCGCUCCCUGUGGUGGAUGACAAAGGUCGAGUGGUAGACAUUUACUCCAAGUUUGAUGUCAUCAACUUGGCAGCAGAGAAGACCUACAACAAUCUGGACUUGACUGUGACCAAAGCCUUGCAGCACCGCUCUCAGUACUUUGAAGGGGUGUUGACCUGCAAUCGGCAUGAGACCUUGGAGGCCAUCAUCAACAGAUUGGUGGAGGCUGAGGUACACAGAUUGGUGGUUGUAGACGAGCAGGAUGUGGUGAAGGGUAUCGUCUCCCUCUCAGAUAUCCUCCAGGCGCUCGUGCUCACUCCUUGCGGGAGUAAACAAGAACAGUCCAGUGAGGCCGAAUGA